CACACACACAUCUCACACACUACCGAAGCCAAACAUGUCUGUCUCUGAGUCCUACUGAAAUGAAGAGGACACGGCGGGGUUUGGACGCGACAGAAGAGUGCGCUGUCUACAAGGGCGGUUCGACUGACGCUCACGAUGAGGAAGUGCAGUCCAUGGAUGUUCCUGCCCGUGAUGUUCUCGGUCUUCACAGCUGCCGGCCUCUGGGUCGUGUAUUUCAUUGCUGUGGAGGACGAGAAAAUCACGCCACUCAGUUCAGAGUACAAAAGGUCCGAAUCUAAAUCUCCUCCAUAUAUCAGCAUUGCAGGCAACGCACCUCCUGCCAGCUGCGUGUUUAGUCAAGUCAUGAACAUGGCGGCCUUUGUAGGCUUUAUCCUGGGAGUGCUGAGAUACCUGCAGCUGAAGCCGCGAGUGCAGAAGCCCUGGCUCAACAUCGGCAGUCUGGCGGCGCUCUCGCUCGCCUGCUUCGGCAUGACUUUAGUGGGCAACUUCCAGCUGUCCAACGAUGAGGAACUGCAUAAUAUUGGCACCUCCAUGACCUUCGGCCUGGGGACCCUGUUCUGCUGGGUCCAGUCUUUCAUGACCCUGAAGGUCAACCUGAGGAGCGAAGGCAAGCGAGCAGGAAUCCCCCGCUUCCUGUUGUCCGGGGCGGUCACUUCCUGCAUGCUGCUCUAUUUCGCUCUGAUGGCCCAGCGGCUCCACAUGCACGCGGCCCGGGCCCAGUGGGCGCUGGUCAUGUUCUUCCUGACGUACCUGGGCACGUUCGCCAUCGAGUUUCGCCACUACCGCUUCGAGAUCGUCUGCAGCGACGAGCGCGAGCCUCCGCUCAGCCUGUCCGAGAGCUUCUCUGAGGUCUCAGAGUACCAGUCUGACCAGCUAUAGGCUCCCAGUGUUCGCCAGUCAUGCAUGUGAGCCCAGCGUAAUCUCUCCAGAAAGACCUUUGGAUGAUUGUGUUUGCUGAAUAGUAGAUAGGCAACAAGUUCAUGAAAUGCACAAGGAUUCACUGUGAUGUGUUCCAUGUUUGUGUGAGAUGACUGAAGUAACAAGGACACUUUUAAGAAGAUCCGAUACAGGUUUUUGGCAAGAUAAUCCUUCGAAAUACAGCAAUUAAUAAGAGUUUCUUGAUGCAGGUUAUUAUGAAGACUCUGUUAUUAUUCACCAAUUGGUUUGUCGCUUCGAAUCGGUAUGCUGUUAUUGUUUUCUGUGGAAGACAGAAGCACUUCUGAGGAAUCGU